CGGCCCCCCGCUCUGGUCGCUCGCACAACGCACCCAUUCGCUCACUCGCAGGUCGCAAACGAGGCCCUAGCCCCCCCCUUCGCCGCCACCGUCUAUCGGGACAUCUUAUAUUUGCCGUUCGACAAGUGCUGCCUCUGAUUCGAGUUGCUUGUUGCAAGGUAGUUAUUACGUUUCUGCUAAACUUAAGGAAAAUAUACAGAUGUUUCUGUAUCAGGAUAAAUUUCUGUAUCUUGGUUUCAAAGCAGGGGUAUAAAAAGGAGAUUCUUACGGAAAGAAUUGCAAAAUUGUCAAGCAGAGUAACUGUGAUGCAGUUUGGAGCACAAACUAAAAUUGAGCUCAAAGAAAAGAAAUUGAGAGUUGAAUAUGCACUAAAUGCUACGAAGGGUUGAGUCUAACGAUUUUUUAUGCAAUUGGAAGAAGUUUUCUGCUCCAACUGAGGGUUGUUUUUGCUGCUUAAAGUUAAAAACACACAGGUACAAGCAACCAAUGUCAUCUAGGAGAUCCUCGCUUCUCACUGUCAAUUCUCUUACAAGGUUACUCAGCAAAGGUUAUUCACUCGACAAUGUGGAUUCUAUCAAAAUCUGUAAUACUUGGAAGACUCUCUGUACUUCUGCUGAAAGGUUGGAUUUCCAAUCGGUCAGUGCUUAUCACCAAGAUGAUUCUUUAAAUUAUCAGCAAAGUCAUGCCAAAUUUUAUCCUACAAGUCCAAAUGGCACAAAUUCUUAUCAGUCACAGUACGAGCAAAGUUCAGAUAAUGUUAAUCAAACACAUGCAAGCGGGUUUUGUGGAGGAAGUUCAGUGCACAAUCCGAAGAGCUUUCACCAAUGCAGGGGCUAUUUUGAAGGUCUUCAGAAUGAAAUUGGGAACAAACAAACUGAGCAUGGUGGGAAUUUUGGUGGAAUCUAUGAACAUAAAAAUGAUACUCCAGAGAGAUUUUCUAGUGGAACUGAUCAGAUUUUUGAUGAACCUAACUUGAAUAGUAAUAUAAAUGUUUUCCAGCAUAAUUUGGCCAGGCAAAGAGGAGUUCCUGAUGGCUAUUGUGGCCGAAACAACACAGGAAUGCAACAGAACCUAGAUAGGGCUGGUGUUGGUAAUUCAAAGGGCUUUGGGAAGCAUUUAAGUGCAUUUGUUGAGAACCAAGAUGGGUUCUAUGCUCAACAGAACCUAAAUGGCAUGAGUGGAAAUCUGGAGAGUUCAUAUGCCUCUUGGACAGAGGGACCAAGAGCAAGGGCAUAUCAUUCCAAUACGUAUAGCUCACAGAUCCUCUCUGAGCCUGUGGGAAAUCUGAAAGGGAACCUUGACCAAAACUGCAGCAGUUUUCAGUAUGAACCAAAAAAUCAAUUCCCAUGGAAUAACAAAAUGAGUAAUCAGUGUGACCCAGGUUCUGGAGCAUUUCCAUGGAAUAUAAAGGAGAGUCAAUAUCCUCCGCAUUUGCAAACAGCACAGAGUUCAACAAUUGGUUCUCAACUAUCAAAUAAUGCAAAACCUGAGAUAGAGUCAGCUGAGGCAUUUGCUACUAGUCCGUAUAAGGAUAACCUUGAGGAACUAGAUAAUUUUUGCAAGGAGGGCAAAGUGAAAGAAGCUGUAGAAAUUUUAGGAUUGUUGAAAAAGCGGCAUAUUCAAGUGGAUUUGCCUCGAUAUUUGCAAUUAAUGCACCAAUGUGGGGAGGCUAAAGCUCUAGAAGAGGCAAAAAUCAUACACAAACAUGUCUUGCAGUAUCUGUCACCUCUCAAUGUGAGCAUAUAUAACAAAAUACUAGAGAUGUAUUCAAAAUGUGGUUCUAUGGAUGAUGCAUUCAAGGUGUUCAAUAAUAUGCCAAAGCGCAAUUUGACAACUUGGGAUACUAUGAUAACCUGGCUUGCAAAGAAUGAGCUUGCAGAAGAUUCAAUUGAUCUUUUUACUCAAUUCAAGAAAAUGGGACUAAAACCUGAUGGAAAAAUGUUCAUUGGUGUUUUUGCUGCAUGCAUUAUGCUGGGUGAUAUUGAUGAAGGAAUCCUACAUUUUGAGUCAAUGAGCAAAAGUUAUGGCAUUGUACCAUCUAUGGCUCAUUAUAUCAGUGUAGUAGACAUGUUUGGAAGUAUUGGACAUCUUGAUGAAGCAUUUCAAUUUGUUGAAAAUAUGCCAGUGGAGCCAAAUGCUGAUGUAUGGGAGACCUUGAUGAAUCAUUGUAGAAUUCAUGGGAACUUGGAUCUAGGGGAUCGCUGUUCUGAAUUAGUUGAGCAGUUGGACCCUUGUCGCUUAAAUGAGCAAUCUAAGGCUGGCCUUGUACCUGUAAAAACCUCAGACCUGGCAAAAGAGAAAGAAAAGAAGAAGUUAGUGAACCAAAAUCUUUUGGAAGUAAGGAGCAGAGUCCAUGAAUAUCGAGCAGGAGAUACUUCUCAUCCUGAGAAUGAUAAGAUUUAUGCUUUGCUUAGAAGCUUGAGGUCACAAAUGAAAGAAGCUGGCUAUAUUCCAGAAACAAGAUUUGUGUUGCAUGACAUAGACCAAGAAGGCAAAGAGGAAGCUCUUCUUGCCCACAGUGAGAGACUUGCUGUUGGUUAUGGUCUCUUAACCAGCUCUGCCCGUUCUCCUAUUAGGGUUAUAAAAAACCUCCGUUUUUGUGGUGAUUGUCAUAAUGCACUAAAGAUUAUUUCCAAGAUUGUUGGCAGAGACCUCAUCAUUCGAGAUGCUAAAAGGUUCCACCAUUUCAGUGAUGGGGUGUGCUCUUGUGGGGAUUAUUGGUGAACAUCAGAAACUAGGUGAAGGACUUGUGUGACAAGGCAAAGGAGAUUUUGAUGGCAGAGAGCAAUGUUCAGGUGUCUCAUGGCCUAAACCUUAGGGACAGAGAUAAGGGAUGCAAACAUACUUCUCAUGCUUGCUAAAGGCAAGGUUUUAUAUACACGACGAAAUUUGGGGUUUUAUGAAAUUAGGCUCUUCCUUGCUAGGAGGAAUGUGAAGCAAAACUGUUGGAUGUUGAUUCAGAGAGAUCGAGGUUGGUCUGUCAUUCUGCAUUCCAUUCUUUUUCCAUCCUUCUAUUUUGUUUUGUCUUCUAUUGUGUUCUGAGGUUGGGAGGAUGGUCAACAGGUCAAGUACUCAAGUCUAUUGAGCUAACAAAAACUGUUAUUUAUUCAAGGGAUAGCGUUAGUGGGGGAUUUUGAUAAAAAUUAUAAGACUGGAACUUGCAAGGAUGGGUUCAAAUAACCAGUGAUCCAUUGAGUUGAAUAAAAAAUUUCUACAUUGAUAGAUGAUGCAAAUAGUUUUAACAGCAUCAAAUGAUAGUUUGAUUUGGUUGUAUUUUGCCACAAUGCGACCAAAUGAGUCGAGUCAGGUUUGCUUGACAUUUUUUAA